AUGCCUCGCCGUAAGAAGAGUCAGUGCCCCAAGCCCAAACAAAGCCUCCAGGCCCCAGUCGAGGCGCCAGGCCUCGGGGCUGCACAGGCUCCUCUAACUGAGGAGGGAGCUGCCUCCACCUCUCUUUCUGCUUUGAUUGAGCGCAUCAUAGAGGUUGUGAUGGCUGCUGGAAUAUCAAGUGUUUCCCAGAAUUCCCAGAGAGCCUGCUCCUCCUCCACUGCCAUCAAAGCCACUCCUUCGAGCAAAUCAAAUGAGCCCUCCAGCAGCCAAGAAGAGGGUCCAACCACUUUGCAGGCUCCACCAAAUCCUGGGUCCUUGUCUGCUGAAGUGCUACAAAAUAAGAUGUCUGAACUGGUGCGCUUCCUGAGUGUCAAAUAUGUAACAAAGGAGCCCAUCACAAAGGCAGAAAUGCUAGAGACUGUCAUGAGAGAGCACAAGGAUCACUUCCCUGAGGUCUUCAAGAGAGCCUGCGAGUGCAUGGAGAUUGUCUUUGGCAUAGAAGUGAAGGAAGUGGACCCUCCCAGCCAUUCCUACGAGCUCGUCAAAUUACUAGACCUCACCUACGAUGGGAUGCUGAGUGAUGCCCAGGGCAUGCCCAAGACUGGCCUCCUGGUAGUAAUCUUGGGCAUAAUCUUCAUGCACGGAAACCGUGCCCCAGAAGAGGUAAUCUGGAAAAUGCUGAAUGUGAUUGGGGUGCAUGCUGGGAAGAAAGAUUUCAUCUAUGGGGAGCCCAGGAAGCUCAUCACUGAAGAUCUCGUGCAGGAGAAGUACUUGGAAUACCGGCCGGUGCCCGAUAGCGAUCCUCCGCGCUAUGAGUUCCUGUGGGGUCCAAGAGCCCAUGCCGAAACCACCAAGAUGAAAGUCCUGAAAUUUUUCGCCAGGGCCACUGGGAAUGACCCCACUGCUCUCUCAGACUGUUAUGAGGAUGCACUGAAAGAUGAGAGAGAGAGAGCUGAGGCCAAAGCUGCCACCGGUGAUGGUCAGUAAAAGUCCUAGUGUCACAACCAGCAGCUUCUCCCAUCUUGAGUGAAGUCUGAGGAAGCUUCUCAACUUGGUGUUUGAAGAGGGAAAUCAGGGUUCUAACUAGUGGAUGGAUGAAUUGCAAUUUUUUUUCUUUUUUCUUUUUUCUUUUUGGUAUGUUUCAAAUGUUCUGCCUCCUAAAAGAAUUAUUAGCUUCAGAGUCUAGGUUCAUAAAUGGCAUUGGUUAUGUAUUUAGUGCUGUUUAACAGGUUUAAGGAUAAGGAUUUUGCUGUUCUAUAAAACAAACUGGGGAACCUUCCAUCUUACUUUGUGAUCUGGAGCAGGAUAGCAUGGCAUUGGAAUAGGAAUUAGAAAUGUGGAAGUGCUCAGCAAUGAAACAGAUGAGUUCAAGAAAUAGAGGGAAAUGUACAAGACGGUUAUCCUAGGAUUCCUAUAUUACAUUUAGUCUGCUGUUUUGUAAAUUUAAAGAUAUAUACCUGGAUUUGAUUGGCUAAUUAAAGAAUGUAUGCAACAUUAAAUCUUA